AUAGGUUCGUCACAUGUCGACCUUGUUAAAGUCAUCAAGUUCCUUAGGAUCUUGUCCUCUCAUAUUACAGCCCACACCCUCGAAGAUGAUAAGUGCGCAUUGUCAUUAAUGGGCGACUUCGUUUAUAGGUGUACUUGCGGCAAUACGAGCGCCACUAGAAGCUUUUCCGAAGCUUUAGAAUUAUUUGGCUUCCGUUCGGUUCCAAGCUCAGUAAGUGACUUUUUGGGCGGCAGUCUAGCCUAUCCAUACGCCAUUCACUAUAUACUGCAGCAAAAAGAAGUUAAAAACGGAUAUCUCGAGUUCUUAUACCAUAUUAUGGGAACCUUUGAAGCGAAACUCGACGGACAGCUCGUGAGAAGUAAAUGGUGCGAAUAUCUAGAAGAGGCGCUUAGGGCAUCCCGUGGCCGCCUUCACAACUUAUCUUACGCAACGACGGGAGGAUAUGCGGGCCUACUGAAACAUCCUAACUUCUUAAUGACACUAUUGCUAUGUUACAUCUGGGGCUUCUGGAAACAUAUCUAUUUGCUUCCCGGGGACUUUGCGAAGCUCUACCGGGAUCGCCUCAGACCAGCCCUUCUAGCAUGGCUAUAUGUGCUCAAGAGUAGCGGCAUUGACCUAGUGGAGUACGGGAAGAAUGAGCAGAAUAUUCUGCUUAAAAAUCGCGCGUUAUUGUCGCAUGAGUGGUGGAACGCGGGCCGUGUUCAUAACCAAUUAGGGAGUGUGACGCUUCGCAAUAUUCAUUAUGGUGCUAAUCCAGAGAAUUGGGAUCUAGAAUGGAAUGUCAAUGAGAUACACCCAGAGGUGGCCAAGACGGUCAAGAAGAAUGUUUCUUAUUCUGUACCGGGCUCUUGGCCACAUGAAAAUGAUUGAGAUGGCGAAGAUGAAAAGGGGUUGAUUAGUAAUCAUGGCUUCGGCUGACAUAAUGACUGAUUAGGUAGUUUAGCUACGAAUUGAUUUAGUAAUACCCGCUUACAUAAGUUAUCGUGUAUCCAACCGCUAUGUAGCUCUGUAAUUACAGGUAUAGCGCGCUAAAACUCGUGGUAAUUUCGCCAGAUUUCGGCGCAUGGUACCUGGCGCUAUGGCGCCUAACCCCUAUAAUUAUAGUGAUUGAGCGCCAUCUUGAUGCAC